CUCGUUCCCCGGUCCUUGUUCCCGGUUUCUUACCCGGCGUGGCAUUUCAUGGUUUCUCCUAUCCGUCCCCCUCCUUAUCUAGACCCCUCUCCUCGGCCACCUCUUCUUUGGUCCUCUUCUUAGUCUUCCAAAGAACCACUGCCCCGGAGCGGCCCAUGUGCGACCUCGGUUGAAGUUGAAGCUUCCUGUUGAAGAUGGCAGACCCAGAUGUUCUCACUGAGGUUCCAGCAGCCUUGAAGCGGCUAGCCAAGUAUGUCAUCCGGGGCUUUUAUGGCAUUGAGCAUGUGUUGGCCUUGGACAUCUUGAUCCGGAACCCCUGUGUAAAAGAAGAAGACAUGCUGGAGCUGCUCAAGUUUGACCGGAAGCAACUUCGAUCGGUUUUGAAUAAUUUAAAGGGAGACAAGUUUAUCAAAUGCAGAAUGAGGGUGGAGACUGCUGCCGAUGGUAAGACCACCCGACAUAACUACUACUUCAUCAAUUACCGCACUCUUGUCAACGUCGUGAAAUACAAGCUGGACCACAUGAGGAGGAGGAUUGAAACGGAUGAGAGAAAUUCCACCAACCGGGCUUCCUUCAAGUGCCCUGUCUGCUGCAGCACUUUCACUGACCUAGAAGCUAAUCAGCUGUUUGACCCCAUGACAGGAACUUUCCGCUGCACCUUUUGCCAUACAGAGGUAGAAGAAGAUGAAUCAGCAAUGCCCAAAAAAGAUGCUCGCACACUCUUGGCAAGAUUCAAUGAACAAAUUGAGCCCAUUUAUGCAUUGCUCCGAGAGACAGAGGAUGUGAACUUGGCCUACGAAAUACUUGAACCAGAACCCACGGAAAUCCCAGCCCUGAAGCAGAGCAAGGACCGAGCAGCCACUGCUGCUGGAGCUGCUGGCCUGGCCGGUGGGCACCACCGGGAGGCGUGGACCAACAAAGGCCCCUCAUAUGAGGACUUGUAUACUCAGAAUGUCGUCAUUAACAUGGAUGACCAAGACGAUGUGCAUCGCACCUCGCUGGAAGGGAAAACUGCCAAAGAGAGACCAAUCUGGUUGAGAGAGAGCACUGUCCAAGGGGCGUACAGUUCUGAAGAGAUGAAGGACGGUGGCAUUGAUGUGGACACAUUUCAGGAGCGUGAGGAAGGCCGCGUGGGGCCUGACGACAAUGAGGAGGUCAUGCGCGCCCUGCUCAUUCAUGAGAAGAAGACUUCUUCUGCGACAGCUGGCUCUGUGGGAGCAGCCGCUCCGGUGACCGCUGCUAAUGGCAGUGACUCCGAGAGUGAGACCAGUGAGUCGGACGAUGACUCUCCACCCCGGCCGGCAGCCGCGGCUCCUCAUCAUCGCGAUGAAGAUGAGGAGGAGGAUGAGUUUGAGGAAGUGGCCGAUGACCCCAUAGUUAUGGUGGCUGGCUGUCCUUUCUCCUACAGUGAAGUCAGCCAGCGGCCAGAGCUGGUCGCCCAGAUGACGCCGGAAGAGAAGGAAGCAUACAUAGCCAUGGGGCAGCGCAUGUUCGAGGAUCUCUUUGAGUGAGCUUUCCUGCCUUUCCUGCAGUUAGCUGUUCAGAGAGAAGCUGCCCAUCAGGUGCUUAGGGCUUCCCGCCUCUUUGUGUAAAGCACCCGUUAGUCUAGUACAGGAGAGGAAAUUUGAUUUUUUUUUUUUCAUGUAAGAAACUUCCCAGAAAGGUAGGUAGGUUAUAAGUAUUCAGUUCCCUCUUAUUACUAAAGUAUUAAUAUUUUUCUUAUUCCUUAUCUAUUUUUUUCCUUUUCCUUUUAAGACAUAUUUUUCUCACUCUUACUAAGGUGUUCCUGUCUACCUGUAGAGCCCUACUAGGGAUAAAUGUUCCUUGGUAUUGUAGCUACAUUGUGGUCAGGCACUUGAGACAAUUCCUUGUAUUCCUGUCAACCAAAGCAGCUUACUAAAAAGCAGGUUACUGCUUAGGGGAACACCCAAACACUUCAUCUUCCUCAGAAUCGGGGGUGGGGCCAACCUGUGAGAGGACUGACAGCACAGGAAGAGGGGUGCCUGAACCUUAGGUUCUUGUGUAGAUUAGAAUCCACGCCUGUAGAACCGAUAAGGCUGGGAGAUUGCUACGUUUCGUAGAUGUUUCGUUUUGGGUUCUACUUUAGGUGACAGAUAACAAAGCAGGCUGGGUCUACCCUCAUGGAGAAAUUCAAGGAGCACAUGUGCAAGGGUAAGGCAUCUGCGUCUAGGGUUGAGGAACGGAGCACUGGGAACUGUGCCUUAGAGCUGCCUCAGUGCGAUUGGGAAUUCUAUGAUGGAAAGCUGGGACUGGCCCCACUUUCCCCACUUGUUCUGUAGACCCGGGCCAGUGCUCUGAACUGAGGAUCCAUUCCAGUACAGAGCAGUGCAGAAGCACUGGUUUCUCGCUCUCCUCACUCUCCUAAAGGUCACCAGAGCCUUUAUUUGUCUCUCCUUCAAGCCUCAUCAGACAUCGCAUUUCAGUGCCUCUACUGUGUUGUUGAGCAUUGUCACCUCAAGGAACAUAGUCAUUAGCACAGUGUUAUUCCUGAAGGUGGAACUUUGAAAAUAAAGGACUUUCAAAUAAGA